AUGUCAUUUUCGAAGGAAAGCUUCACCAAGAAGUUGUCUGUCUUGCAAGACACGCAAGAAUCUAUUGUUUCCAUAUCUCAGUGGGUGUUCUUCCAUCACAGACAUAGUAAAGAAUGUGCCAAAAUAUGGUCGGACUACAUCUUGACAGUUCCACCAACAUCGUCUGCCUCGGCAAAGAAAUUGUGUUUGUUAUACUUAUGUAACGACGUGGUUCAGAGAGCCAAGAGAAAGAGAAAGCAAGAGUUUAUCGAUGAAUUUGCCCUUAUAUUACCCAACGUAAUCAGAAAGACUUACGGCACAUUAGAUGCGGGAAUUAGACCAAAGUUGGACCGUUUGAUCAAUGUGUGGCAAGAGAGAUCGGUGUUCAACAAUUCUGACAUCCAAAAAAUGAGAGAUGCCGUCGAAUCUGUGAAGACCAGUGGUGGAAAGAUUGAUGAGCCUGCGCAAGCCAAAGCAGGAGCAUCUGGAGAAAUAGUGCCAGAGUUAAAACACUUGAACGAGCUUAUAAUUUCAUUGAAUCGCUUGAAUGAUAUAAGUCAAGCGAACUUGACUCAAUUUGGAAUUCAAUCCAAGACCUACUUGCCUCAGGACCCCUCGAAGUCGGACAAACUUCCUUCGCCCAAGGUGUACAUCUCCAAAUUGAACAUGUUGGAGAAGUUGAGCAAGUUAUCCAUAGUCAACAUUGAAGAACUCAAGAGUAUAAAGAAACAAAUCGCCAAGCAACUUGAGAGUUUGUCCAACGUCAUUUCGGAGGGUUGUAAGACGGACGACACCAAAGUGCUGAUCAUCAAUGAUAAAUUAAAUAGAUUAUACAGUACCAGAGAAGAGUUGCAGAGUAUCUUGAAUGAAGAUAGCAGUGCUUCAAAGAAGGAAGACGAGGAGCCAUCCCCAAGUUAUGACAACGAUAAUGCAGAUGAACCAAAUGCAGAUGAUGAUGACGAUGAUAUAUUACCUACCUACGAAAGCGACGAUGACGACGACGACGAUAAGGCUAAUAAUUCAGCCGAAGAAGUUAAAGAGGAGCCAACUCGAAAGAGAAGAGCGUCUCAAACCCCUUCAGGAGGCUCGACUCCUUCCAAGAGGGUAGCGUUUUCUGAGGAUAUAGAAGUCAAAGAAUUUGACCGUGAUGAUUCAGAGGUAGCCAAUGUUACCGACGCAAUUGAUUACGAUAACAACGAUGAUGGCGAGGACGAGUUUGAGGUGUCAAGUGAGUUUGAGCAACACCAUAAAGACGACUUGGAGUUGAAACACGAGCAUGACAGUGUCACCGAUGACGAUGGAGGCUACGAUCCGUCCUCGUCUGCGGAUGUUAUGAGCUUGCUUUCGAAGUUGGCUUAA